GGGCGGUACUUAUACGUUCUCGGUUAUUGAACCGCUACAUUCAACAGUGGCGGCGGCUUCCAAUCUUGUCAGGUGUCGAAGAGAGGUGUACUCGUUCAUACCAGAGACGCGAUUUGACCUCAUUGGAUAUAUUUUAUUUUACGAAUUAUAAUGCACUCCAAGGUGUAGGAAUUGGGUUCCGUUUUCGAGCACAUCACCACAGGUCUGUGGCCAUUGCGACCAAAGCAGAGAGAUGGAGGCGGGCUCAGUGGUGCAGGAGGACAUUACAUUCCGAGGAGUGGAGUUUGCUGUUAAGAUAGAACUAAAAGAAGGAUUGCUAAUAGUUGAGAUCUCUGAUGCAAUGACAGCUGACCAGUGGAGGGGAGGGUUUGACCCAGCAUACAUCGAAGACCUAUCCCGCAAAACAGGCAACUUCAAGCAGUUUCCCAUCUUCUGCAGCAUGUUGGAAUCUGCUGUUAGUAAGACUAGUGAGUCUGUUACCCUUGACCUCUUAACCUAUGCUGACCUGGAGCUCUUGCGGAACCGGAAGGCUGGAGUCGUUGGUCGUCCCCGAGCCCAACAGCAAUCUCCUAACCUCAGUGCCAAAAGAUACCUCAUUCUUAUCUACACUGUGGAAUUUGACAGAAUCCACUACCCCCUGCCCCUGCCCUACCAUGGCAAGCCUGACCCUGCCGCCCUGCAGAAGGAGAUCAGAGCCCUGAAGACUGAGCUAAACGCCCUGGCCAACCAUGUAGGUCACAAACCAGCAGAGCCAGAGAUACGCCGGCUACGGGCAGAACUCACAUUGGUGAGAGAGGAGAAGGAGGCCCUGGCCAAGGCUUUGGAGCGUCUGCAGUUAGUGGGGUCUGCUUCCACCCCUGGAGGAGGGGCUCGGGGGCUGAGAGAGGUGGUCAGGAGUUUAGAGGACCAGCUCCUCAGAGAGAGGGCCAAGAGUCAGCACUCAGCCAGCAAGAGGGGCCAGGAGCAGCGCCUCCAACUGGAGCAGCUGGAGGAGCUAAGGGCAUCAGAGCGAGCUCUACGGAUUCGCGUUAAGAGUUUGACCAAUGAACUGGCGUUGCUAAGACGAGGUAGGGUGACCAGUGGGGUGACCCCUGCCCUCUCUGGGUGCAGUUCCUCGCGGGGUGAUGGGGAGAUCAGGCGUUCACUAUCUCGGGAACGUAGUUUGGGACGUGUUGUAGUUCGGGCUUGCUCAGGGUCCAGAGAGAGGACAGAAGAGAGGGGUCGGAGGUCAGAAGGCCAGAGGGCAGACUCCUCAGGGCCCCGCUCGUAUGUCUCCAGACCCUCACCUUCUCCCACAGGUUCGCGGACGCCACGCUUUGACCCCACUGCAUAUAUCCAGGACAGACAGCGCCGACUGAGAGAGGCGGAACUCAAAAACCAGAGAAAGGUCAGAAGAGAAAUGUUAGCGUCACCUGUUCUGGAGAGGGGCCUAGAGAGGGGGCGGUCUCGGUCCAGGGAGGCUUAUCCCCAGCUGACCAGGGCAGGCAGUGGGUGCAGAGGGAGGAGCUUAUCAAUUGAGAGUAGGAGAAGCAGACAGUCCUCUGAUAAUUCAUUGGUGGAGUUGGAUGAGUUGACAAUCAGAGGAAGGAAGCAGACCUACAAUGGUCCAACCAUGCCCAGAGGAAGACAUUUGACCAGGAAGCCCCAUUGUAGCACUCCCACACACAGGGUACGAUCAGACAAAGAAGGCUCCAUAGAUGGGGCUGACCUGUCAGAGAUCGAUGCCCGGCUGCAGGCCCUACAGGACUACAUGAGGGACCUGGACACGGGACACUAAACCCUAGGCAGGAAAAAUGUGUUCAAAGACUUUCCUGUGCUGCAAACUUAGACCAAGGUCUACUACUAAUCGACAUUACUAGUCGAACACUGUGACUAAACAAGAUCACUGCACUACACUGUGAUAUUUUAGCACACAUUAUCAGCUGAUAGGCUUAUGCAAGUGCAAACACAGAUGGAUGCACACACUGCUUAUUUUGUCACCCUCUGGGAGACGUUGCCUGAUCUGUGGAUAAAGAUACCACUCUGAAGGCUGUUAAGCCACUGUUAGUGUAUUGAACUAAAACUGAGGAGUGACUGGUUUUAUACUACGGUUUUAUAACUUAUGCAUUGUGUCUGUUGAUGUGACCGUAAUACCCCAUUUCCCGACCCUUUUUUCAACGAGUGAUUGAUGAAUGUGAUUUGAGAUGUUUUAGUCUGUAAAUAUAACUUUAUUUGAAACAUUCUAGGGGGGGGGUUGCUUUUGGUGAGAAGUAUCUUCUUUUUUUUAUAUGUUUAAAAAAAAUAUAUAAAUGAAAUUUAGUUUCAUUUAAUUUUAUUGAAGAAAUGUCGUCCCAUGCUCUAUUAUCAUUACUUCCUGUCUAGCUGAGUGUCUGUUCAAGUGUUUUGGCCCAUUGGAUCAGAGAUGGAUUUUCACCAAGUGCUGCAUGAGGAUUUAUUGCUUUGUUUUUGUGCCAUUACUUUUCUAAUAGGUAUUUAGCCAAAAUCUUUAUUUUUUUUCUACUUUUACUAGACAUAUCUUCUCUAUUAAUAAUCACUGCAGCAGCUUUGUCGCUCAGUAAUGUGGUGUGAGUGAGUGCACUGUGUCCUCUCCCUCUGCAGUAGUUAGUUGGUUGGGUGGGCUGAAGGUUCUUCCCUAGGGCUUUACUUAAAGGGCUGCAGCUCCACUACAGCUGACCGAGUCACAUUAAUUAAUAGCUAACCUACCAGGCCUGGACCCUUCCUCUCCGGGGUGAGCAACUGGGCCGCAUGAACAGCUGCUUCCAUCUGCACUACUGUAGGAGGAUGAGAAUAGUGGAGGGAGCUGAGAGGCUUUUUGUGCUGUUUUUAGAUUUGACCUCAGCUGCUAAUAAAAUGUAAGAUGCUUUCCACUUAACCAAAACACCAUCUAUCAGAAUUAAAGCCAGGCACCAGAGGCUGAAAUUAAAUGUACCUAUCAGUUUUGGGAUCUGUUGGUAUUUUGUUACAUUAAUAUUAGUAUUUCCAAAAUGUAAAAAACUUAAUGUAUAUUUUCUUUAGAUUAUCAUACUACUGUCAACAGUUUUAUGAAUUAUAACCACUUUAAAAUGGACAUGCAUGAAUACUUUCAAAGCUCACUAUGUUGAAUUACACAUAAUUUCAAAGUCCAUUUCAUAGAGAAUUUACAAACUGGACCACAUUUAGUAACUUAUUUUGAAUAAAUUAGGAUGUGUUUGGAAGUCAUAAUUCAGUGUACUUGUCUUUAACUGCCAUUUCCCAAAAGUCAGACUUCCCACACGCAAACAAAUUUUUAUCAGCUUCAGAAGCAUUUACUUUUACCCUCCAGGACCGGGGACAAGUCCGGUCCUGGAGUGUCUUAACAAAAUGAAACAAAUAGUUAGGCUGACUUCAUCCAGUGUCCAGAACAAUGCAGUUGUGUACAAAUAUGCACACAUUUAAUGAGAUUGCCUCAUUUGCGUAUUUUAAUAAACAUUUUCUGAAAUAU